UUUGAUUUGAAUUGGUAGACAGUAAUGAUUUUUUUUUCAGGACCUGAAGCUGUCAGAGCGACAAAUGUCUUUUAUUAUUUAACUUAUGAAGGAAGUGUUGAUCUUGAAAACAUGAAGGAUCAAGUGAUGAAAGAGGCAAUUGAAAAUCAAAUUAGAAACUUUGGGCAAACACCUUCACAAUUACUAAUGGAACCUCAUCCACCAAGAAGCUCAGCUAUGCACAUUAGCCCUAUGAUGUUUUCUCCCAUUACUGAAGAAGUGUGCAUGAUAAUGAAGUUCUUGUCUAACUCUCCAGUUUGUCAUAUAUCGGCUAACACCUAUCCACAGCUCCCUUUGCCAUCUGUUGUUACAAUAUCUUGCAAUCAAAAUUUUGCUGUUAAUAGGUGGAACCCUUGCUUCUCUGGUAUGUUUCUGCACCCUUCAUAAAAUUGCUUUCGGAAAUAAACGGGCCAUCUAAGUUUUAUAAAUAAAAUAAAAUGGAAUAUUUUUUUUAAUAGGAAAAUGUAAAGGUUCUCUUCAGAACACAUUCCUUAUCAAUGGUAAAUGCGAU